AUGGGCCACUCCGUACAUGAUGACCCCGCCCUCGAGCGCUGGAACGCAAUGCGUGAAGGCGCAUGGGCGCACUUCAAGCUCACCAAGCGCAACACCCGUCCAAUCCUCAUGAUGGGCGUCAUCAUCCCCGCCGGCCUCUUAUGGCUCGCGGCCAGCUCAGACAACAAGUUCAACAUGGUCUCGCGUCGGAAGAACGACUCGUUGUUAAGGAACCCGCCCGUUGUAGCCGAGCCGACAGAAGAGUAG